AUGUCUGAUUCGGUUCAAGAUGUUGGAAGAACAUUGACUGGAGGUAUUCAAGACGUUGCAGGACUGUUACCUCUCCUCGGAACUGAGCAAUGCGAGCACCACGUCGGAUCAGCCCUUGCGGGAGGGUAUCUCUACGCGGCAGGAGCACCAUUAUCGAUCUUUGGGAGUCUUGGCAUCGUCAAAGCCGGAAUAUCUACCCUUGUAUCCAGUAUAUCCAUCCCAAAAUUUUCGAUCUCUUUGCCCAUGUUGCGUGUCAAGUUCUCGCCAGAGCUAUGGUUAGGGUCUAGGAUGCUUAAUAAUGCCGGUUUUAAACCCGUGGGCGAUGUCGCAAAUCUCAUUGCAAUGGACGGAGGACGCUACCAGGCGGAGACACGGAUCAUCGAUAUACUCCAAGAAAAGCAGCUCAAAAACGCGGAAAAGCUGAUGGUCGCCUGGAAAUCACAAAUUUGGAACAUUUGGCUUCUUUUGUUUUCUUUUUGUGCUGCCAUUUUAGGGGUUACACCGUACAUUGCUCUAAUCGUGCGAGAUAGUCAACCAUCGCUAAUACGCACGCCAUGGAUCUUCCCGUUACUGCGGACAAUUGGCAGCUCUGUGGCGGCUGUUUGUUGCCAGUUUCUUAUGCAAGCUCGUGUCAUAUCUCUUAUGAAGAAUCGUAUCAUUUUCAUCGCAAUGCACCGCGUUCUCGUUAAUGAACUCAAGAUGAACCACAGUUAUGCCGAACAGAUCCUUGCCAAAGAUGAAAACCUGAUGUGGGAUCUGACCCUUCCUGCCGAGCAAAGUCUAUGGAGGCUUGAGCUGUUCCUCAAUAAUCCAUUGAAUUGCCCUUCAGAGUCAUCGGAUGAAGGCAAACGAACAAAUCUAGACGAAUCAUGCCCAGACCCAGUAGAACCGAAGUUGAAAUGUCCCGAAGAAACAGCAAGCUGUAGUUUAGGACUAGAAGAGCCGCCUAAAUCAGAGAAUCCAAACGAUGGCUUAUACUGCGACUCGACAUUAUUUCCGCAGGAUAUGUACUAUGAGCCAAAAGGUCAACCGCACCCGGACGGUCUCGCGUUUGUGUCAAGUCCAAUUAACGAGAUUCCAGACCAAUCAGCAAACAUUCCCAUGGAACCGUCAAAGCAUGUGUCCAUCGGAAUGCAGUCUCCUUCUUUUUCCAACCUGGGACAUUUGAAAGAACAUUUAACAGCGUUACGCAACAAACACUUUCCUACUGCCGCUUUGGAUCGUAUAUUUUUUCUGAUCUCUUGGAUCGUCCUAUGUAUAUCCCUGCCGGCUACGGUGGUAGGGUAUGUCGGCUGCUUCACGCUUGUCAGCAAUAGUCAAGAUAACGGCCCGCUUAUAUGGCUUGGACUGGAGGCUGCGCUAUCUGUUAUCCGAAUUCUUGUUUGGGCAUGGAAUCCAACCUGGGACGAAGACACGGGCGUCAUGGUAAACCUGGACCUGACUGAGGGACACCCGAUGGUCACUACUGAAAACAGCGUCGAGGUUAUAGAGUCUCAGGGGAUCAAAAAAACCUUGCCAUUGAUGCCUGAACGACAGUUUUUGGAAUGGAUUUUACCUUACACUGGACCUGUUGAGAGAUUCAACAGUCUGGCUAAUCUUUCCUUGUACUUUACACUCACUGCGGCCUCUCGACCCAUUCAACAGCAGCGGCUGUAUAUGACUGCGUUUGACUCUAACAAAAGGAUUGCCAUCACGCUACUUGCGAAAGAUGGUGUGAUCAACUACAUCGAUGUUACUGUAGCUUACAGUGAUAUCGCCAACGAAAUGGAGGCUACUACCGAUGCCAAUGCGGAACACUAUAAAAGUCAUGCAUGGCGAUCCAACGACCCCUUACUUUUUGAUAUGCUUGAAGAAUAUUACAAGUCCUUGGUACAUGCUCUCAACCAGACCGGCACCAACCAGACAGCGACUCUUCUAUGGAACUGGACACUUCUCCCAGGUGGCGUUGAAUUAGCGAAGGGAAGCUCGAAUCAGAUUAUGUAUCCUCUGAGUGAGCGCGACCAGCUGUAUCUCGACCGAGGGUACGAGCAUUCUCUCAAAUCUGAGCUGAUCGACAAUUUGGGCCACUCGAUUGUUAAGAAUAUGAAGCAACUGCAUAUGGAAGCCUGGGAUUAUUUCCCUCACCAUCAGUGGAAAUUGGACAGCGAAAAAAUUACGUGGGAGGGUACGGAGUGGGAUUUGCAGAGGGCAUGGGAGUGUUUGAAACGCGAAUUGGCUGUGCUUAAAGCAUCAGUCAAGUUAGAGGAGGUCCUCAGGGGCAAGAUGGUCGCUUUUUGUGCCCAGCAGGAGCAAGAACAUUUGAGGGAGUGGGCUUUGACACAGUUUACGAUAGGGCGCCGGAAGCGGUUGGAGAGAGAGAGAGACCAGGCGCGCGAGAGGAUGAACAGAGAGAUGAACAGCGCUGAGGGACUUGCUGAAGAAUAUGGACGGCCGUGGAAUCAACAGGGAAUUUUCAAUCCUCAAGGAGCUUGGAGUCAUGGUAUGAUACUAAUGGAGGGGGAGUGGCGAGACGCUCUCCAGGAAGACGGACAAAAACCAUCGGGAAUCGCUGACCUAAAAGCCUAUCUGGAAAGGGCGUCUGAUGGAUGGCCCUUUCUUUUCUCGGAUAGUCAUCAAACACGGUUUCGUUUUGUUAAGGAGGUCAGGCAGCGAUUGAAGCAGCUCAAUUGUGAUUCCCACCGCAACAAUGAACGACUUGUCAUUGAUGAAAAAAUCGAACGAAUCAGGCAUACUGUCUACUCUUCAGACCUUCAAAACGUCUACCAAUACCCCAUCGCCUAUAACUCCACGUGCGGUAGGUUUGCGGAUCUCCAUGGUACAACGUCUCUGGAGCUUGCGAAGCUGUAUGCGUCUACUGUGUACGGUGUACAAGGUUGCAAUAACGAAAUCAUUCUUGAAGUCAUCAAAAAUAAAACCGCUCGCUCUGUGACAGGUGUUCCACUAGAACUGGUCGAUUCAAUACCCGAAAAUGAGCAUCUUCUUUAUAUCAGUGGCCCUGAUGGAUGCAAAAUCGAACAGCCGGCGUUUAUUCAACGCAAUCGCGAUCGAUGGUGGGAUCUCCAAACAGGCAAUUCUUUUAUGUUUUUCCAUACCCCUGAAGGCCCAUGGCAAGCUUCCCUUCGUGAUUUUACAAUCUCUGAAACGUUGGCGCAGAUAUUUGUAUAUAUCACAACCGCGUCCAGCAUCAAGAUUCGCUUGUUGCAUUGUGGGGAACUUCUUGCAAACGCCUCCGAAGUUUAUGUGCGGCAUAAUGGCGAAAAGCUUAUUUCUAUACCCCUGGACGACCUUACAGAAGAAUUAGUAUCGGAGAGCUUUGAAUUGGGACGGUUCGAACCAGGAAGGUAUCAGAUGGAAUUGGUGGCUAAAUCUCAUGGAAGCUAUGUCCUUCAGAACCUUUUCAUCGACUUUAUUGAUGAGGAAGUGCCUGUCCUGGACGAGUCGGGAUCUGUAUCAUAG